AUGCGUACUUCUGAGUCUGUCAAACAGCAGCAGCCAGUAAACAUGGCUGGUGUUGGUUUCCGACGGUGGGCCCAAGCCCUCUCUAAAGGAAAGGGGUCUGGUAUUUCAGCGCUUUUGUCGGGAUGUAGAGCGGCCUCUGGUUUUUCAAAGGACAGUCUGCCUGGUCCUUAUCCGAAGACUCCCGAGGAGAGAGCCGCAGCUGCAAAGAAAUACAACAUGAGGGUUGAGGACUACGAACCAUACCCCGACAAUGGAGAGGGCUUUUAUGAUUACCCAAAACUGCCAGAAAGAUCUCAGCAGGAGAGAGACCCCUGGUACCAAUGGGAUUACCCUGACCUGAGGAGGAACUGGGGAGAGCCGAUGCACUGGGCUUUUGACAUGUACAUCAGGAACCGUGUGGAUACAUCUCCCACCCUCAUGUCUUGGUCCACAAUGUGCAAGCAAUUGUUUGGUUUCAUCGGCUUCAUGUUGUUUAUGUUUUACGUUGGCGAGAAAUUCCCAUCAUACCAACCUGUUGCACCCAAGCAAUAUCCCUACAGUGACCUGUACUUAGAAAAAGGAGGAGAUCCCGAAAAACAGCCAGAGGAAGUCAAACAUUAUGAAAUAUAAUCACUAAAAUGUGAUUCUACUUGUGUGUGUAUAUAUAUUUCUGUCAAGAAUAAAGACCUAUGUUAACAGUUAAAA